AUGGGUGCUGGGGGCAUAGAGAAGGGUGUAGAGAAGGGUGUAGAGAAGGGUGUAGAGAAGGGUGUAGAGAAGGGUGUGGAGAAGGGUGUAGAGAAGGGUGUGGAGAAGGGUGUGGAGAAGGGUGUAGAGAAGGGUGUGGAGAAGGGUGUGGAGAAGGGUGUAGAGAAGGGUGUAGAGAAGGGUGUGGAGAAGGGUGUGGAGAAGGGUGUGGAGAAGGGUGUGGAGAAGGGUGUGGAGAAGGGUGUAGAGAAGGGUGUGGAGAAGGGUGUGGAGAAGGGUGUGGAGAAGGGUGUAGAGAAGGGUGUAGAGAAGGAUGUAGAGAAGGGUGUGGAGAAGGGUGUGGAGAAGGGUGUGGAGAAGGGUGUAGAGAAGGGUGUGGAGAAGGGUGUGGAGAAGGAUGUAGAGAAGGGUGUAGAGAAGGGUGUGGAGAAGGGUGUGGAGAAGGGUAUAGACAAGGGUGUAGAGAAGGGUGUAGAGAAGGGUGUAGAGAAGGGUGUGGAGAAGGGUGUAGAGAAGGGUGUAGAGAAGGGUGUGGAGAAGGGUGUGGAGAAGGGUGUAGAGAAGGGUGUGGAGAAGGGUGUGGAGAAGGGUGUGGAGAAGGGUGUAGAGAAGGGUGUAGUGAAGGAUGUAGAGAAGGGUGUGGAGAAGGGUGUGGAGAAGGGUGUGGAGAAGGGUGUAGAGAAGGGUGUGGAGAAGGGUGUGGAGAAGGGUGUAGAGAAGGGUGUAGAGAAGGGUGUGGAGAAGGGUGUGGAGAAGGGUGUGGAGAAGGGUGUGGAGAAGGGUGUGGAGAAGGGUGUAGAGAAGGGUGUGGAGAAGGGUGUGGAGAAGGGUGUGGAGAAGGGUGUAGAGAAGGGUGUAGAGAAGGAUGUAGAGAAGGGUGUGGAGAAGGGUGUGGAGAAGGGUGUGGAGAAGGGUGUAGAGAAGGGUGUGGAGAAGGGUGUGGAGAAGGAUGUAGAGAAGGGUGUAGAGAAGGGUGUGGAGAAGGGUGUGGAGAAGGGUAUAGACAAGGGUGUAGAGAAGGGUGUAGAGAAGGGUGUAGAGAAGGGUGUGGAGAAGGGUGUAGAGAAGGGUGUAGAGAAGGGUGUGGAGAAGGGUGUGGAGAAGGGUGUAGAGAAGGGUGUGGAGAAGGGUGUGGAGAAGGGUGUGGAGAAGGGUGUAGAGAAGGGUGUAGUGAAGGAUGUAGAGAAGGGUGUGGAGAAGGGUGUGGAGAAGGGUGUGGAGAAGGGUGUAGAGAAGGGUGUGGAGAAGGGUGUGGAGAAGGAUGUAGAGAAGGGUGUAGAGAAGGGUGUGGAGAAGGGUGUGGAGAAGGGUGUAGACAAGGGUGUAGAGAAGGGUGUAGAGAAGGGUGUAGAGAAGGGUGUGGAGAAGGGUGUAGAGAAGGGUGUAGAGAAGGGUGUGGAGAAGGGUGUGGAGAAGGGUGUAGAGAAGGGUGUGGAGAAGGGUGUGGAGAAGGAUGUAGAGAAGGGUGUAGAGAAGGGUGUGGAGAAGGGUGUGGAGAAGAAUGUAGAGAAGGGUGUGGAGAAGGGUGUGGAGAAGGGUGUGGAGAAGGGUGUAGAGAAGGGUGUGGAGAAGGGUGUGGAGAAGGAUGUAGAGAAGGGUGUAGAGAAGGGUGUAGAGAAGGGUGUGGAGAAGGGUGUAGAGAGGGGUGUAGAGAAGGGUGUGGAGAAGGGUGUGGAGAAGGGUGUGGAGAAGGGUGUGGAGAAGGGUGUAGAGAAGGGUGUGGAGAAGGGUGUGGAAAAGGGUGUAGAGAAGGGUGUAGAGAAGGGUGUAGAGAAGGGUGUGGAGAAGGGUGUGGAGAAGGGUGUGGAGAAGGGUGUGGAGAAGGGUGUGGAGAAGGGUGUGGAGAAGGGUGUGGAGAAGGGUGUGGAGAAGGGUGUGGAGAAGGGUGUGGAGAAGGGUGUGGAGAAGGGUGUAGAGAAGGGUGUGGAGAAGGGUGUGGAGAAGGGUGUAGAGAAGGGUGUAGAGAAGGGUGUAGAGAAGGGUGUGGCGAAGGGUGUGGAGAAGGAUGUAGAGAAGGGUGUAGAGAAGGGUGUAGAGAAGGGUGUGGAGAAGGGUGUAGAGAAGGGUGUGGAGAAGGGUGUGGAGAAGGGUGUGGAGAAGGGUGUGGAGAAGGGUGUGGAGAAGGGUGUGGAGAAGGGUGUGGAGACGGGUGUGGAGAAGGGUGUGGAGAAGGGUGUAGAGAAGGAUGUAGAGAAGGGUGUAGAGAAGGGUGUAGAGAAGGGUGUGGAGAAGGGUGUGGAGAAGGGUGUGGAGAAGGGUGUGGAGAAGGGUGUGGAGAAGGGUGUAGAGAAGGGCGUAGAGAAGGGUGUGGAGAAGGGUGUGGAGAAGGAUGUGGAGAAGGGUGUAGAGAAGGGUGUGGAGAAGGGUGUGGAGAAGGGUGUGGAGAAGGGUGUGGAGAAGGGUGUGGAGAAGGGUGUAGAGAAGGGUGUAGAGAAGGGUGUAGAGAAGGGUGUAGAGAAGGGUGUAGAGAAGGGUGUAGAGAAGGGUGUGGAGAAGGGUGUAGAGAAGGGUGUAGAGAAGGGUGUGGAGAAGGGUGUGGAGAAGGGUGUAGAGAAGGGUGUGGAGAAGGGUGUGGAGAAGGGUGUGGAGAAGGGUGUAGAGAAGGGUGUAGUGAAGGAUGUAGAGAAGGGUGUGGAGAAGGGUGUGGAGAAGGGUGUGGAGAAGGGUGUAGAGAAGGGUGUGGAGAAGGGUGUGGAGAAGGAUGUAGAGAAGGGUGUAGAGAAGGGUGUGGAGAAGGGUGUGGAGAAGGGUGUAGACAAGGGUGUAGAGAAGGGUGUAGAGAAGGGUGUAGAGAAGGGUGUGGAGAAGGGUGUAGAGAAGGGUGUAGAGAAGGGUGUGGAGAAGGGUGUGGAGAAGGGUGUAGAGAAGGGUGUGGAGAAGGGUGUGGAGAAGGAUGUAGAGAAGGGUGUAGAGAAGGGUGUGGAGAAGGGUGUGGAGAAGAAUGUAGAGAAGGGUGUGGAGAAGGGUGUGGAGAAGGGUGUGGAGAAGGGUGUAGAGAAGGGUGUGGAGAAGGGUGUGGAGAAGGAUGUAGAGAAGGGUGUAGAGAAGGGUGUAGAGAAGGGUGUGGAGAAGGGUGUAGAGAGGGGUGUAGAGAAGGGUGUGGAGAAGGGUGUGGAGAAGGGUGUGGAGAAGGGUGUGGAGAAGGGUGUAGAGAAGGGUGUGGAGAAGGGUGUGGAAAAGGGUGUAGAGAAGGGUGUAGAGAAGGGUGUAGAGAAGGGUGUGGAGAAGGGUGUGGAGAAGGGUGUGGAGAAGGGUGUGGAGAAGGGUGUGGAGAAGGGUGUGGAGAAGGGUGUGGAGAAGGGUGUGGAGAAGGGUGUGGAGAAGGGUGUGGAGAAGGGUGUGGAGAAGGGUGUAGAGAAGGGUGUGGAGAAGGGUGUGGAGAAGGGUGUAGAGAAGGGUGUAGAGAAGGGUGUAGAGAAGGGUGUGGCGAAGGGUGUGGAGAAGGAUGUAGAGAAGGGUGUAGAGAAGGGUGUAGAGAAGGGUGUGGAGAAGGGUGUAGAGAAGGGUGUGGAGAAGGGUGUGGAGAAGGGUGUGGAGAAGGGUGUGGAGAAGGGUGUGGAGAAGGGUGUGGAGAAGGGUGUGGAGACGGGUGUGGAGAAGGGUGUGGAGAAGGGUGUAGAGAAGGAUGUAGAGAAGGGUGUAGAGAAGGGUGUAGAGAAGGGUGUGGAGAAGGGUGUGGAGAAGGGUGUGGAGAAGGGUGUGGAGAAGGGUGUGGAGAAGGGUGUAGAGAAGGGCGUAGAGAAGGGUGUGGAGAAGGGUGUGGAGAAGGAUGUGGAGAAGGGUGUAGAGAAGGGUGUGGAGAAGGGUGUGGAGAAGGGUGUGAAGAAGGGUGUGGAGAAGGGUGUGGAGAAGGGUGUAGAGAAGGGUGUAGAGAAGGGUGUAGAGAAGGGUGUAGAGAAGGGUGUAGAGAAGGGUGUAGAGAAGGGUGUAGAGAAGGGUGUGGAGAAGGGUGUGGAGAAGGGUGUAGAGAAGGGUGUGGAGAAGGGUGUGGAGAAGGGUGUAGAGAAGGGUGUAGAGAAGGGUGUGGAGAAGGGUGUGGAGAAGGGUGUGGAGAAGGGUGUGGAGAAGGGUGUGGAGAAGGGUGUAGAGAAGGGUGUGGAGAAGGGUGUGGAGAAGGGUGUGGAGAAGGGUGUGGAGAAGGGUGUGGAGAAGGGUGUGGAGAAGGGUGUGGAGAAGGGUGUGGAGAAGGGUGUGGAGAAGGGUGUGGAGAAGGGUGUGGAGAAGGGUGUAGAGAAGGAUGUAGAGAAGGGUGUAGAGAAGGGUGUAGAGAAGGGUUUGGAGAAGGGUGUGGAGAAGGGUGUGGAGAAGGGUGUGGAGAAGGGUGUGGAGAAGGGUGUAGAGAAGGGCGUAGAGAAGGGUGUAGAGAAGGGUGUAGAGAAGGGUGUGGAGAAGGGUGUGGAGAAGGGUGUGGAGAAGGGUGUGGAGAAGGGUGUGGAGAAGGGUGUGGAGAAGGGUGUGGAGAAGGGUGUGGAGAAGGGUGUGGAGAAGGGUGUGGAGAAGGGUGUAGAGAAGGGUGUAGAGAAGGGUGUAGAGAAGGGUGUAGAGAAGGGUGUAGAGAAGGGUGUAGAGAAGGGUGUAGAGAAGGGUGUAGAGAAGGGUGUAGAGAAGGGUGUAGAGAAGGGUGUAGAGAAGGGUAGAGAAGGUGUAGAGAAGGGUGUGGAGAAGGGUGUGGAGAAGGGUGUAGAGAAGGGUGUAGAGAAGGGUGUGGAGAAGGGUGUGGAGAAGGGUGUGGAGAAGGGUGUGGAGAAGGGUGUGGAGAAGGGUGUGGAGAAGGGUGUGGAGAAGGGUGUGGAGAAGGGUGUGGAGAAGGGUGUGGAGAAGGGUGUGGAGAAGGGUGUAGAGAAGGAUGUAGAGAAGGGUGUAGAGAAGGGUGUAGAGAAGGGUGUGGAGAAGGGUGUGGAGAAGGGUGUGGAGAAGGGUGUGGAGAAGGGUGUGGAGAAGGGUGUAGAGAAGGGCGUAGAGAAGGGUGUGGAGAAGGGUGUGGAGAAGGAUGUGGAGAAGGGUGUAGAGAAGGGUGUGGAGAAGGGUGUGGAGAAGGGUGUGGAGAAGGAGAAGGGUGUAGAGAAGGGUGUAGAGAAGGGUGUAGAGAAGGGUGUGGAGAAGGGUGUGGAGAAGGGUGUGGAGAAGGGUGUGGAGAAGGGUGUGGAGAAGGGUGUGGAGAAGGGUGUGGAGAAGGGUGUGGAGAAGGGUGUGGAGAAGGGUGUAGAGAAGGGUGUAGAGAAGGGUGUAGAGAAGGGUGUAGAGAAGGGUGUAGAGAAGGGUGUAGAGAAGGGUGUAGAGAAGGGUGUAGAGAAGGGUGUAGAGAAGGGUGUAGAGAAGGGUGUGGAGAAGGGUGUGGAGAAGGGUGUGGAGAAGGGUGUGGAGAAGGGUGUGGAGAAGGGUGUGGAGAAGGGUGUGGAGAAGGGUGUGGUGGGGCCCGAAGGGCACCUCAACGGCGUGCUGCUCCUCAUCGUAGCACAGCAGAGUGUGCGAGUGGGUAUUGUGGUUGGAAAUGCAAGCAGGGCAUACAAGGCGAGAAGGGUGUAG